ACAGGUGUCGCUGUGGCAAUGGGACUCGACUGUCUUACUCCGAAAGAUGAGAAAAGGGCGACCGCACGGAGGACGAGCAGAGAGCUGGACAAGCAGUUGGCGGGCUGGUCCAAACCCUUCCAAAACGCCAUCAAGAUCUUGCUCUUGGGUGCUGGAGAGGCUGGCAAAACAACCAUCAUCAAACAGAUGAAGAUAUUGCACAUUUCAGGAUUUUCGGACAAAGAGCGAUUGGAGCAGGUGAAGAUUGUGCGCAAAAAUAUACAUGAAGCUAUCAGUUGCUUAUGCAAGAAUGUUUCAUUUGCAAAUGACCACACAGACGAUACACGGUUGAAGGCUGCAGUUGAAUACGUCCUGAAAGCAAAUUUUCCUUUUGAAAAGGAAUAUUAUGACAAGGUUGAGUUUCUCUGGAAAAAUCCGAUUGUGCAGGAACACUUUAAAAAUUCAAAUGUCUAUCAAACCCUGGACUCAGCAAAAUACUUUCUAGACAAAAUCAGCGCUAUCAGACACUCGAAUUACCUGCCCAAUGAUCAAGACAUUCUGCGCUGCCGAAAGAAAACGACAGGAAUCCAAAAAGUGGAGUUCACCGCCAAAAUACCAAAAAAGUACGGCGGCGGCUCUCAGACCUUCUGGAUGUUCGACGUGGGAGGCCAAAGAGGGGAGCGGAGGAAAUGGAUUCAAGCAUUCGACGGAAUUCACGCAGUGCUUUUCCUAGUCGCGACGUCCAGUUUUGACCAGACCCUUCGAGAGGACAACGCGACGAAUCGGCUGCGGGAGGCGCUCACCCUUUUCAAAGACGUUUGGGACAGCAGGUAUUUGAGAGAUGCUGGAGUGAUAUUGUUUCUGAACAAGCAAGACGUCUUGGAGCAGAAAAUCAAAAAUGGUCAGCGGCUGGAAAAGCAUCUUCCAAAUUUUCUGCCUUUCGACGAGAAAUUAGAAACUCUCGACGAGUACACUGACCGAGCAAGAGAGUACAUCAGAGAUCUAUUUUUGGAGGCCACCAGAGAAAAAAGGCCGUCGACUUUGGAUCGCAAGGUGACCAUCGGCCCGAGCAUAAUUUAUACUCCCCAGCUUAGGGAUGAGCCCCGAGAGUGCUACUGGCACUACACCACCGCCGUCGACACCAGAAACAUCCGAAAUGUUUUCAAUGACGUCCACUCGAUGGUGAUUUCUUGGAACUUGAUGCAGUUGGGCCUGCAAUGAUUUUUCUUUAUGAUAUAAUUAAAUUCGGAUUUCUUGUGAUUUGAA